CGCUUCUUAUUAAGACAAAUUGUGAAUUUAAUCCUUUUUUUGGGCACUUUAUAUUUGCGUUACUGCUGGACUGGCACCGUCGGAGUCAACCACUUAGAUGGUGUCUCUGUCGUGUCUAAAGAACCUACCCGAUUGGCCAGAAUUCUGACUUCCUGCCAUCGCCAUAUGUACCACUAUUGGUUGCUUUUGUUUCCCUUUUAUCUUGCAGGGGACUAUUCUCAUUCAUCUCUUCCUGUCGUUCGAAGUUUUAACGAUCCGAACUUUUUGUUAAUUGCCGCAUUUUAUAUUCUUCUUUUUGGGCUUCUCCCGUAUUUUGUUUUGAAAAAGUAUUCUUCCAAAUAUUGGCCUUCACUUUUUUUUAUUUACGGACUUCUCACGCUUCCAUUUCUUCCAUUAUCGAAUCUUCUUUAUUAUGUGAUGUUCGAGGUCGCUGAGAGAGUCAUGUAUAUUCCUUCAGCCGCUUUUUGUAUACUCGUUAGUGCACUCUUAUUUCUUCCAGUAGAUAACAGAAAUUUAUCUCAAAAAAUGAACCUUCGCAAUUUCCCCCCCGAAACUUUGGAAAAGAAAAAAAUUGCAAAAAGCGACGAGGGAGGCUUUAUUAAGAAAUUUUGGCUGCUUGACCACAACCGAACCGUUUUUAUUCCUUUCCUUAUAGUAGUUAUUCUAUUCGCUAUUCGGUGUCAUCUUCGGAACUACGAUUGGCGAACUAAUGAUUCUUUUUGGAUGACGCUUUUCGAUCGAUUUCCUAACAACUAUAAAGUUUUGCAACUUCAUAUUCAUCAACUUGUUUUGAAGAACGAUUCUUCACUAAAUCCACGCAUUGAAACGUUAUAUGAAAAACUUUUAGGACUUCACUUUUCAGACGGAGACGCUUACAAUUUUGCUCUUCACUUAUUUAAAAAUGGCAAAUACGAGUACGGGAAAGAAGUUCUUCUUCGAAGUUUAUCGCAAGGAAGUAAAGACUGGUCUGGUGAACGCUGCGUGCUGCCCGAAAUAUACAGAGCGCUUCACACUUACUAUAUGGACUUGAAGGACUUUUCCCAGGCCGAAAAAUAUUUACUACUAGAAGCAAAGUCGAACUUUUGCCACUUUAAACUCCCGGACUUUUUAGUACAGCAGUGGAAAGUCAGCUCGUUAGUAAAAGAACUUUGUAAACCGUUAAGUAAAGGAGCAAAUGCUUCGCAGUUUGGCGUCAGUUUUGAAGAGAUGGUCGCUCUUUUGCAAGGAAACUUGCCGUCUCCUAAAAGAUGGAAAAGUUUAUCCAAGGGACAAUCACUUUACAUAAAUAAUAAGCAUCAAGCCUCUUUAGAAUGGUACAUUUCUCAACUGAACAAGUUUCCCGCGCAUCUUCAGCUUCUUAGUGAAAUGGCGCUGAUAUUGUAUUUUUCUCAAAAGUAUUUGGACUGUGCAUAUAUUUUUAAUGAGGUCAUUAAAAAAGAUUACUUUAAGCCUUUGAAUUACCAAGCCAUGGCCAUGUGUUUGGUGAAAGCGGGAUCUUUUUAUGAAUAUGAUGCACAAGAAAUUCUUAAAAUGGGAACUGCAGCUUUAAAUUAUACUCAACAUAUGGAGAGUUUGAUGGAAAAGAAAAAAAAAUAUUUAAAAACUGAUCAACAAUAA